AUGCCGCCAACGCCACAUCCACAACAAACAGCCCUCACCCACUCCCUCUCAGACCCAGAAACAUUCUGGACCGCACACGCGAAUCGGCUCCACUGGGCCCAAAAGCCAACCCAAGCACUGACGCGGCGAACUAAGACGCUGGCCAGCGGGGUCCAACACGAGCAUUGGUCUUGGUUUCCGGACGGUGAGAUCUCCACGAGCUACAAUUGUGUUGAUCGGCAUGUGGAGAAUGGACUCGGUGACCAGGUCGCUAUUAUUUGGGAGUCGCCUGUUACUGGGAUCACGGAGGAAUAUACUUAUCGACGGUUACUGGAUGAGGUGGAGGUUUUGGCGGGCGUGCUUAGGGAGGAAGGGGUUAGGAGGGGUGAUGUUGUUAUCAUUUACAUGCCAAUGAUCCCCGCAGCCCUAAUCGCCGCGCUGGCCAUAACCCGACUCGGCGCAAUCCACGCCGCCGUCUUCGGUGGCUUCGCUGCGGCGUCACUAGCGCAACGGAUCGACGCAGCGCGGCCCAAGGCCAUAAUGACCGCCUCGUGCGGUAUUGAAGGAGCCAAAGGUCCCAUCUCGUACCGGCCGCUGGUGGAGGGUGCCGUAGCUGCUGCCACGUUCAAACCUAGCAGGGUUAUUAUCUGGCAGCGGGACCAGCUGCGGUGGAAUAAUCCGGAUAAGCUUGGUGGUCAGCGGAAUUGGCAGCGCAUUGUUAAGAGUGCCCGUAUGCGUGGGGUGAAGGCGGGCCCUGUUGCUGUCAAGAGUACGGAUGCGCUUUAUAUUAUCUAUACCAGUGGCACAACAGGUCUGCCAAAAGGCGUCGUCCGCGAAGCAGGCGGGCACGCCGUCGGCCUAGACCUCUCCAUCCGCUCAUUAUUCAACAUCCAGGGACCCGGCGACGUAAUGUUCUGCGCCUCAGACAUAGGCUGGGUCGUCGGCCACUCAUACAUCCUCUACGCACCACUAUUGGUCGGAGCAACAACAGUCCUAUUCGAAGGCAAACCAAUCGGCACCCCGGAUGCAGGAACCUUCUGGCGCAUCAUCGAGAAACAUAAAGUCAAUACCCUCUUCACAGCACCAACAGCCAUGCGAGCAAUUCGCAAAGAUGAUCCGAACGACGCCCUCUUCAAAGAAGUCGGGGAACGGGGUGGUCUCAAGUCGCUACGUGCGCUGUUUUUGGCCGGCGAGCGCAGUGAGCCUAGUAUCGUUUCUGCGUAUCAGGGAUUACUUUCGAAAUAUGCGGCGACGGGUGCGCAGGUCGUUGAUAAUUGGUGGUCUUCGGAGUCCGGGUCGCCUAUUACGGGUCUUGCGUUGGAUAGCCAUGCAGCUAUUGUUGCACCUGCACCCAGGAAGGAGACUCGGAAGACUGAGACAGCGCCGUUAUCGACAAGACCCGGCUCAGCAGGUCUCCCAAUGCCAGGCUUCGACGUUCGAAUCGUCGACGACGAAGGGAAUGAAGUCGCACCCGGAACAAUGGGCAAUAUCGUUAUGAAAGCCCCACUUGCACCGACGGCGUUUACGAGUCUUUUCCAGGACGAAGAGCGCUUUUAUAAGGGCUAUUUGAAGAGAUUUGACAGCGUGGGAAAGAAUUGGGUUGAUACCGGUGAUGCGGGGCUUAUUGAUGAGGAUGGUUAUGUGCAUAUUAUGUCUAGGUCGGAUGAUAUCAUUAAUGUUGCGGCUCAUCGGUUUAGUACUGGAACAAUCGAACAAGCAAUCCUCUCCCACCCAUCCAUAAGCGAAGCAAGCGUCGUCGGAAUUCCGGACCCGAUAAAAGGCCAUCUCCCCUUCGCAUUCAUCCACCUUCGCGACGCAGAUUCCAACACAGACAUCCCAGCAAAACCACCCGCAAAACUCUUCGCCGAAGUAAAUGAGAUUGUCCGGACGCAGAUCGGGGCUAUCGCGUCAUUGGGCGGAAUGAUUCAGGGCCGGGGUAUGAUUCCUAAGACUAGGAGUGGGAAGACGUUGAGACGGGUGCUGAGGGAACUUGUUGAACGGGGUGUUGGGGGGGAUUUUGAGGGGGUUGUUAGUGUGCCACCGACUGUUGAGGAUGCGGAUGUUGUUGAUGUUGCCAGGCGAAGGGUUAGGGAGUAUUUCGAGUCUGGGGCUGGGGUUAAGGCUAAGCUUUAG